AUGAGCGUCCCGAUGUCCGCGCCCCCCGCGUCGCUGCAGGUCGACGAGGUCGACGCUUUCAUGUCCGGGAUGGUCAUCCACUACCUCGUCGGGGACGACGGCUCGCGGACGCAGGUCGUCGAGGUCGCGAAGAACGUCGCGCGCCACGGCGGCGUCGCGACGUCGUCGUACGACGCCCGACGCGUCACGCACGUCGUCUUGGAGGAGACCACGCUCGGCAAAUCCGAGGAGCUGUACGCGCGCGCGACGAAGGACAAGAAGCGCGUCGUCUCGUGGGACUGGAUCGAGGCGUGCCUGAAACAAGGCGCGCUCGUGCCCGUGGACGACAGCGCGCUGUAUCGCCCGCCGCCGAGCGUGGACGGGCUCCCGGCGAUGAAGGAUCUCAAGGUGUGCGUCACCGGGUACACGGGCGACCGACGGACGCAGCUCAUCAAGAUCACGGAGCGUCUCGGCGCGGAGUACAUGCGCGUUUUGGAUCGGAAAUCUACGCACUUGGUGUGCUACGAGUUUGAAGGCGCGAAGUGGGCGAAGGCGAACCAGACCGGCAUACAACGCGUCGUCUCGCACGCGUGGCUCGAGGAUUGCCUCAAGAAGUGGACCAGACUGCCAGAGGAGCCGUACACGCACAGGAGCGGGAAGGAAGAGGACGAGCUCGCGGCCGCGGCGUCGGACGACGUUCCGGACUCGCAGGAGGACGAGGAGGAUCCCGACGUCGUGCCCGAGUCCGCGGGGGACGAUUUCGUCACGGAGUUCACCGAGGGGUACCGCGCCGGCGCCGCCGCGACAGAGACGGCGCCGGGGACGAUGCUGCGCGCGAGCGUCCCCGGGGUGGGCACGGAGACGCAAGACGCCGCGGGAGGUCUCGCGGACUUCGCCGCGAAGAAGACGAUGGAGCCGCCGCCGACGCGCGCGCGGCGCCCGAGCUCGCAGCCGACGCCGAGCGAGAAGGAACAGGCGCUCGUCGGGAACGCGCUGACGUCCCCGGACUGGGCCGAGCUCGAACAGCGGCCAUCGCAGCACGUCGAACGGAGCGAGCGGAACCGCGCGAUGGAUCCGGUUCUGAAAGCAGCGUGCGCGGACGGCGGCGCCCCGCCCGCGGAUUUGGUGUCGUUCGCCGGCAGGGUCGGGGAGGCGGACCAAGUCGAGAAGGCGUUCGGAGGGCGGUUCGCGGACCUCAAGAGCGAGCGGUGGCACCGCUUCAACGACGCGGACGCGCCGCUCGCGGCGGACGAUUUCGACGAGUUUUGCACCGCGAUCGAAGAGGGGACGUGGUACCCCGAGGGCGUCGCGGAGUGCGAGCGGAUUCGACUGCGAAAAGUCGUCGACGGCGAGCGCCGGUUUGAGAUUUUACACGCGAAGCCUCGGGAUAUUCCGGAAGGGGUCACGAUCACGUCCCUCCCGCGCGUGAGCGGUCGGUACCUCGCGUACUUGGACGAGAACGCGACGGAGGAUGACGUCGAAGGGUGGAUCAAACUCGCGAGGGACGCGGUGUCCAAGCGCGAACGCGGCCCGCUCGGCGCGGCGGUCAUCUCCCGCCUGCGACUCGAAAAAGCGAAGCAGCCGCGCGAGAAUUUCGACGACGACGUCGAGGACGCGUCGUUAGCGAGCUCCGACGCGCUCCUGACGACGUUCGUGGAGGUAUACCUCCCGUUCGGGUUCAUGAUGGACCACUACGCGAUCGUGGCGGCGAUGAACGAGACGAACGACGAGCGCGCGGGGUACACGAUUCAGCCGCGGGACGAGAUCAUGGUCUUACCCGCGCGCAUGCCGGGGAACCUCCCGAACGUCACCGUGGAGUCCGUGGAGCGCCCGAUAAGCGAGGUCAUCCUCGGGUUCCACGAGCUCUUAGCCGGGCCGACGGAGCCGGACCCGACGCAGCGACCGGCGGCGAACGCGUUACCGAAUGCCGCGGACACGUGGACGAUCGAUGUUGGGAACCGGAUCUCCUUGGCCGCGAUGCGCGCCGCGGAGGACGAGGAGGAGGAAGAAGAAGAAGUAGUAGAACACGGAAAGGACGCCGACGACGCGGACACGACCGUGCCGGUGGAGGACACGUUCGAGACCGCGAGGUCGGCAUCGGGCGGGCGGAAGAAGACGGCGACGGCGUCCGCGGCGAAAGCCGCCGCCGCCGCCGCGGAGAUUCUGUGCGCCGGGCGCAAGGAGAGCGAGGACGUGAUCCAUCGCGACAUGGCGCGCGAGUUUGACGAGUGCCUCACGCAGAAGCAGCAAGAGGAGAGCGAGGCGCUGCCGAUGAACGUCGACGAGGACGAGGACGAGGAAGCCCCUGUGGUGAUGGCGAAGCGCGGGCGCAGACGGCAGGCGAUUUUGACGCAAGAUACGGGGGAUAAGGCUGCCGUGGAAGCUGACGAGGAAGAGGAAGAGGAGGUCGCCGAGCCCGCGCCGAAGCGAGGCGGCCGCGCUCGCGCCGCGAAGACGCUCGCGGAGGCGCCCGCGCCCGCGACCCGACGCGGCGGAAGAAGAGCCGCCGCCGCCGAUCCCGCGCCAGCGGCCGAACCCGCCGCGCGACCGAAGCGUGCCGCGCGAGGAGAAGCUGCCGAACCCGCGCCCGCGAAGAAACCCGCCGCGCCCAAGGCGAAGAAGCCGACGGCGGCGAAGAAGCCGACAGCGGCGAAGAAGCCGACGGCGGCGAAGGCUGUCGCCGCGCGCGCGGGCAUCCGUCCUCGCAUCGCUCUGAGCGGAUUCCCGUCCGCGGACCUGACAAAGUACGGCGCGAUCGCCGCGCGCCUGGGCGCGAGCGUGUGCGCGGGGCACGCCUGGGAUUCGGCGACGACGCACGUCGUCUUCGGCCCGCGCGGGGGACGGUCGUGCAAGUUUCUCGCCGGCGCCGCGUCCCGCGUCCCGCUGCUGUCGCAGACGUUUUUGGACGCGUCGCGCGACGCCGGGAAGCUCCUCCCGGAGACGGAGUACUCGAAGCACGUGUGGCGAGGCGGAAGAGGCGCGGACAUGGGGCUCGUGUCCCCGAACGCUGCGGCGCACUGGGCGCCCCGCGGCGGCGAGGAAGACGAGCUCCCGUUCGCCGGGCUGACCGUCGCGCUGGCGCCGUUUCCGUCCGCGAACCGCGAGGAGCGCGACAUGCUCGCGACCGUGCUGCGAUGCGGCGGCGCGAACAUCGCGACGAUCUCCGCGAAAGGGGAGGUGAUGCCGUCGACCCCGGCGCCGGACGUCGCCGUCGUGGACGCCGGCGUCGUCCCGAGCGCCGGCGGCGGCGCGAAGGACGCCGCCGACGAGGCCCCCGGGCUCGCCGGGCGCGCCGCGAGCGCGGUCUCCGUCGUUCAAGGCGAGGCGUGCGUCUCCCCGGAGUUUUUCAAAUCGUGGCUGUCGCGCCCGGGAUCGGACUUGAGGCAGCACGUCCUCCACGGCGAGCUGAAGGGCGCGCUCGCGCUGACGUACCGCAAGAGCGUCGGGGCGGUCGGCGGCGCGGGGGCGGGGGGAACGGCGGCGAAGCCGUCGAGCGAGACGGCGAACGCGGCGAAGAAGAAGGCGCCCGCGGAAGUGAAGAGUAAGACGCCGGUGAAUAAGCGCGCGGCGGAGCAGCCGGCGCCGUUGGUGAGCAAGCGCCGCCGCGCGCUCACAAGCCGUAACUGA